AAUAUGGCGGCCAUGGCGUCAGAAGAAAACAAAAAAUAUAAUGCUGUAUGAAACAAAAAAGCAGGAACAUGGGUAAAUCAACUGAUGUUGCUGAGGAAAAAGAUUGUGAUAGUGUUCUACAAAGUGCCUUCAAACAGCUCAAGGUAGACACAGAAUGGAAAAAGCCAAGGCUGUUCGAAGAGAGUGAACACGAUCCUGUUACUCCAUGGACAAGACACACAAAGAAGCCAGCACUUAGUAGCAAGAGGGAAUUAUCUCCACCUUUAGGCAAGGCAAAGAGUGGAACAGCUAAGCGUAAAUCAGACCCUUACCCUUUAUCACGCAUAGAUAAACUCACUCUCACUGAGGAAAAAUGCAGUAACAAGUCAUGUCAUUGUAACAAAACUAUCAUCACGUCUGGCGCUUCACCAGAACUCAACUAUGCAAAGUUGUGCAAGUGUGAACCAAGUGCAAAAACUAGCAUCAUUCGUGAGGCACGCUUGAAAAUAACCCGGGAAAAGGACAGGAGUAAUGUGAUUCGAUCAGCUCGUCUAAAAUAUCAUAAGGCAAAGCAAUCCAAAUUAGCACCGUUUUCGAGCAAGCUGGCAAUGUCGCGUCAGAAAUCAAAAAGUCCUACAGAUUCAAUAUGUCCAAGAUCAAGUGUGUUUGGUGCAUCUUUUAAUCCAACUGAUUUCAGUAGUGUUGCUACAGAUAACCUGGCAUCUAAAGAUCAUUUCAACAAAACAAAAUCUUGCGAUCUGAAUGAAGCAUCUAAUAAACCAACUCUUGUCUUUCCCAAUGCAGUAAACACAUCUGGCAAUACCCCAAGUGAAAUUGGACAAAGCCCAGGAAACAGUCCUACGGGGACACAUACAAGGUCUUGUUCACAAGAAGCAAGGCUAGAUGAAAUGUCUGUAGAUGAACUGGCAUAUUAUUUUGAAGAUUUUGUUUAUAUUCCUAAAAGUAUGUCUUCAAUGGCUGAAAUGAUGUAUACUUGAUUGUAUUACUGUACAUGUACAACUACAAGAUUCCUGUAUUAGUUUCAUUCAGAAAAUAUUUAGUAUCAUUUAAGAACUGUGUGUAUGUAUCGCAUGAAGUUAAUCUAAAUAUCUUCCAAAAAUCUAGCCUACUUUCUUGACCUUUUUAUGACUCUCUUCAUAGAAAUUGGCAAAAGUUUGGUCAAAAUUUUUGUCUUAUACACAUCAAAGUCAUUCCAGUUUCAUCAUCGCACAUUGUAACACAUGGUCAGUAAAAUAGGCAAUAACAUCCCUCCUUAAAAUAUUUGGACUCCAUGAAAACUGGCUACUGUAGUGUUUAUUCAGUUGAACAAGAUGAAUAAUCACACUAGAUUUUUAAGCAUUUUACAAAGUGUAAAAGACCUUUAUCCUUUACUCCAAACUUUGCUUCACUGUCUGCCAUAAAAAAGAUAUAAUAUCAUUGUUUUGAAACCCGUUGUAGUGCAGAUGUUAUUUUCACUGAGCCCUGUACUUUCCAAAGUAAAUGUUUACUUAAUUAGCAUAUUUAUUUAUUAUAGUCAUUGUAAUCUACAUGUAAUCAUCAUUAUGUUAUUUGACAAAUAAAUAAUAGCCAACUAUA